AUGCCUUGUCUUACCAAGAACAGGCUGACCCGCCAGGAAUUGUGCGCAACUUACAACGCGCCUUCCGAUGCUCUUGAUCCGACUCCGGCUCUCGCAUCAACACGCACAGGCGCGAUUACCUACUGUGACAUUAUGUCGACUGCUCGCCCAAGCUCAUACAUGGAGCCCCUAGAUGACAGGGAGGGCAGACUCUCCAACGACACUAACGAUCGUGAAUCGGGGAGCAUUCGCACAUUAGAACAUGAAUAUUACCCUGUGAGCGACGAAGAAACUGUUGAUGAGCUCGAGAACACCGACGACAACGAGCCUAUCCACGAUGCUCAGCUCUCCCCUAUCAUCGACGCGACGACAGAUCUCGAACCUGCCACCAACCCCAAUCUCGACAUGGCGCAUAUCAACAAUGAAACGCCCUCUUCUUUGCACCCGCGACCGAGAAAUAGUAGUGCAGCGGAAGCUUGUUGCGAGCCCUUGCUGAGCAAUACAGCGUCUCCUCAAGACCGAAAAGAGGAAGAGCUCCGACAACCUUCAGAGAAGACCACAUCAGUCAUCUGGAAUCCGAAAUGGCUGCGAAGCGUCGUUCUAGCAGUUUUCGCCGUAUUGUUCCUUUCUAUGACAAUCGUACUUCCUCUCGUGCUGUGGUACUCCAUCUGCAAUGAUGGCAUUGCCAAAGCGCGCGAAGGGCUCACGCCUGUUUGGCGAUUCGGUCCAACAAUCGUGCCUGGCUUGUUCAGUCUCGUCGAUAUCCAGGUCAUCCACACAACCAGCGUUGAAAUUUUGGACUCGUUCAACGUCAAUAGCAAUUUCUCUGAAAGUUACAAAGAAGUACUCGAGGACAAAAGUGCCUACUACACUGCGCGGGCAAUCUAUGAGUUUCACAAGUCUUACCCCUUCGGAGCCAGCGCCGAAGCCGCCUACCAAACUUUUCACAUCAAGGACCGCGAUACCACAACUUCUCGUGGAAGUAUUGAAAUACCGUUGAAAGUCGUCGUGGAAGGCGUUUUUGCAGAUCUUCAGUGCAUCAAGCUGGAAAACUACACAGUCACCGAAAGGCCGGACAAGGGGCCUCCGGGUUGGCCCUUCUGGGUCGAUCUUGAGUUCGAAGGAUGCAACAAAGUCAUCAAGAAACACCUGAAGUACAUGAAGGAGAAAUCAUUCACAGCCGAACGAGCAGACACGUGGCUAGAGAAGGUGGAAGUCAUCGAUGACGGCGUGAAUCCGGAGAUCAAGUCGAUCCCGAAUCAAGAGCGAACGCCAAUCGCUGCCAACAUGUGGAACAUGGUGUAUCGUUCGAUCCCAACCGUCGAAGGAUACGGUGCAAUUCAGAAAGACUGGGUUGGGGGCCAUCGCAUCGCCGACGACAACGUACACGAUCCUUUGGUGCUCACCACAGCAAAGCCGUGGGAUCCGCCGUUCCGCGUGCCGCCACUGUAUUAUGUCGACAAGAAUAUGCGGACUCUUACAACGUACCCGUUCUUCGACAGCCCGAUCAAGGACGUCGAAUCUGGAGUUCAGGCGAACUUCAUGACACUCAUUUUUGAACCCUAUGGCAGCCUGCCUAUCAAAGCUCUUGCAGAGCCUACGAUGGAAGAGGCUAUACUGCAUGCUCUGGAACAGAAGCAUAGCUUGCUCGCCGCGCAACUGGCCAACUUCGAAAGCCGCCUACCAAUCAAUGAAGGUAACAACGGCGGUAUCUCCUCGAAUCCUUCGCAGCUCAACUUGACGGCGACUUAUCCGGCCCGGCCACGGCUCAUUCAACAUUCAAUACCGACCUACAUUAUUGUGACAAUUCUUGCAGCGGUUGUUCUUCUUAAUUCAUGGAGUCUGCUAUCGGCUACAAUGCGACGUUUUGGGCGACUACGUCGAGGAUGGUUGCUGGACAUGGACGUGAAGAGUCUGGCACCGGAAGCCUUCGGUAGCUUGGCGGCUAUCGUUAACCUCCUGCGCGGCUCAAAUGCCUCAGAACAUCUACCGGUUAAUACUCAAGAACUCUCGGAAGAGGAGCUUUACGCCGAACUCUUCGAUCUGAAGUUUUGCUUGGGUUGGUUUCGAGACAUGAGAGGCCCAGAAGAUAGCAGAUGUUUCACGGUUGGCGUUUUGGAGGACGAAAAGUUCGUUUUUCUAGGCGGUCGAGAGGAGAGUUGA